GUAUUGGAGGCGGAACCUUUGAGCGGUGCGUUGUUUGCAGGAGGGGGGUUUGUUGCGGGUGGGUCUCUGUCUCACUCGCUAAUGGCAGCUUCUGGAUCUUCUCUCCCGGCUCGGACUCCGCCUCUGGGGGCUGUCAGUGGCUGGGUGGCCUGACGGCGGGGGGAAGCAGCCAGCCAGCCAGAGAAAGAUGCCGGGGCUGGUGGUAUUCGGGAGGCGCUGGUCCCUGGCCAGCGAUGAUCUGGUGUUUCCCGGGGCCUUGGAGCUGCUCCUGCGGAUUUUGUGGUGGAUUGGAAUCCUAGCUUUGUACUUGACUCAUCGAGGACAGUUCGACUGUAAAGGAGGAGGGUUCCUCCCCAGCUAUCUUGUGGUCUUGAUUGUUAUUUUAGCUGCGAUUAUCUUGGUCCUUUCUGUGAUUGUUUAUGUCAGUAUGCAAGGAACUAUCACUAAGCCAGGUCCGAGACGACAUAUCCCAAUUCUGAUUUACGUCCGUACUACUCUUUAUUUACCUGAACUGGUCUGGGCAAUCUUGGGUGCUGUCUGGGUCAAUGACAAAAGCCAGGGUUGUGCUCCCUCCGUCGUUAACACAAUUACUAUAGCUGUCAUUGCUAGUUGGGUUUUCUUACUCUUCACGGUGGUUGCUGUCUUAAUUUUCUUCGACCCUCUGGGCAGACCCAAACAUUUAAACUACUUAGGAGGCACAGCCCGUGACUUGGAAAGCAGUGACUCAGUCCAAGCAAAAUCUAUAGCGGCACGGGUAUGGGAGUGCAGGUUGAAGUUGAUGUGUUGCUGCGUUACAAAAGAUACACAGGACAACCGGGCUGCCUUUACAGACAUCGCAGAACUCUUUACUGCCUUUUUUCUGGACACAGACUUGGUGCCUGGUGAUAUCGCUGCAGGACUGACUCUUUUGCAUCAGGAGCAGGAUAAGAGAGAGCAGUGUAGUGAUCUGGAGGAGGUGGCUUGUACUGUCCCUCAACCACCAACUGCUGAGGAGCUGGAUAUAGAAUUGGAGAACUCUGCUCACUACAUGCAGUUUGCUGUUGCAGCAUAUGGAUGGCCACUGUACAUCUUCAGUCACCCACUAACUGGCAUAUGCAGGCUGAGCCAUAACUGCAUGUGUUGCAGAAGCCAGUUUCCUGAGCAGGAUAUAGUUGGUGGGGAUCAUGUGGGCUGCCAUUUCACCUCCAUGCUGCAAACUACAGGGCUGCAAUACCGAGACUUUAUCCAUGUCAGUUUUCACAACAAGAUUUAUGAAAUUCCGUUUUAUGUGGCACUGGAUCACAAAAAGGAGGCUGUGGUGGUGGCUGUGAGAGGAACUCUUUCACUCGAGGAUGCUUUGACGGAUUUGAGUGCAGAUCGUGAGACGUUGAAUGUAGAUUGCGUGACAGGAGAAUCUUUAGCACAUAAGGGCAUUAUCCAAGCUGCACGUUACAUUUACAAGAAACUAAUUGAUGAUGGGAUUUUAAACCAAGCUUUCUUGGUUGUGCCGGAAUACAAGUUGGUUAUAACUGGCCAUAGCCUGGGGGCAGGAGCAGCCUCGAUCCUUGCUAUAAUGCUUCACAAAUCCUUCCCAGAGCUUCGUUGCUAUGCAUUUUCUCCUCCAGGAGGUCUGCUAAGUAAGCCUUUGGCAGAUUAUAGCAAAGAAUUUAUCAUAUCCGUUGUCCUGGGCAAGGAUCUCAUUCCAAGGUUGAGCCUUUGCAACAUGGGAGACCUGAAAAGAAGAAUAUUAAGAAUAGUUGCCCAAAGUAAUCGACCUAAGUAUCAAAUUCUGCUGCGUGGAUGUUGGUAUGAGAUAUUUGGAGGGGAUCCAGACAAUUUCUCUAAUGACCUGGACAACAGUCAACAGAGGCGACUGACUGAGCCACUUCUUGCAGAACAGAAUCUCAUGGGGCACCGAUCCAGUUCCUACAGCAGCAUCCCUGAUGAAUCACCUACGAGUUCGCCUUUUCAAGGCCCUCAACUUUUCCUUCCAGGGAAGAUCAUUUACAUUAUGGAAAAAUGCAGCACAGGGAGUUUCUGCUUUUCUGAAGCAAAGUACUGUGCGUUGUGGUGUGAUGCAUCAUUCUUCAGCAACAUUCUGAUCAGCCCCAAGAUGAUAACUGACCACAUGCCGGAUCUUGUAUUCAAAGUCCUCAAAGAUCUGACUCAAGAGGCACCCUACAUCCUCUGCUCCACGUCACACGCUGCACCAAGCGAGGCGUGUUGAAAUGAGCUAUCUGCAUCUAGUGCAAAGCUCCAGGUGCUGUGAGCUUAAUGAGUCUGUUAAACCUUUUGGUGUGAUUUCACCCACCACUGUUUUGCACCAUGCUUUAGACUUUCCAGAAAGGAGCCAGAGACUCUGCUGUACUGGGCCAAGUUUGUGAUGGCCAUGUUACAAACAGUUACAAUGAUGGUUUUGAGUUUCUGGCCUGUUGUCCCGCUGUGUGGGGCCAUGCCACUUCCACCUAGACUUAUUUUUUCCUCUUCAAUUUCUUUUUUUUUAUAUAAUGUAUGAAAACAUAAACGGGUGCCUGAAGGGUGAAGGAACAGAUUUACUUGCGACAAGAUGACUACUCCAAUCAGUUCGUGAGAAUCAUGGCAUCGCUUUAAUCUCAUUCUUCUUUGAAGCUUCUCGGAUUAUUCCAGGAGCUCCGAGGUUUAGGAACUCUAUUAAGUGACCCAUUGGUUUCCCACUUUAAAAUAUGUAGUGCACUUGCCUUUUUGUGGUGUCAGGGACUUUAUUUAUUUUAUGUAAACUUGUUUGAGUCAUGUAAUUCUGCAUGAAUACACUCGUUCCAGCAGAGCAGCUGGAGCUGCGUGUUCCUUUCUUAGAUAGCAGCAUAGUUUUAAUCUGACAUUGAUUUUGCAGAAGCCAUGCGAUGUUAAUGGGGAUAUGGCCUGGGCAUUUGAAAAGGUAGUGCCUUAUAAGUUCUCUGGCCACAGCUCCUGUCCCACUGCACAAGUAUGUUUACCCUAGGUACAAGGAUAUGCCAGAUGAGCUUUCUGGUUGCAGCAUUAAAUUUCCUGAUUAUUGUGUCAAA